AUGGAGCAGCAAUCUCCCCAAGUCCAUUCACUGGAUCUCAAUCACAACAAAAAUUUUCACUUUGAUUCCUCUGCAAGCGAUGUUGAGCAACCUUCUGAACCGAAAAUUGAACAACCGUCGUCGAAGCGUCCCACUGGCCCUCCACCUCCACCCAACGGCGGCCUCAUCGCAUGGCUACAGGUUGUUGGUGGCUUUAUGCUCUUUUUCAAUACUUGGGGCAUACUAAAUGCAUUCGGAGUCUUUCAAACAUACUACGAAUCUGGUGCAUUAUUUGACAGAUCUUCGUCGGAUAUCUCAUGGAUAGGGUCUAUUCAGGCAAGCAUGUUGCUGGUGGUGGGAUUCUUCACAGGCUCUAUUUAUGAUAGGGGAUAUCUCCGCCUUCUGUUAAUUAUUGGCAGCUUCUGCAUUGUUUUCGGGCACAUGAUGCUCAGUCUUUGCAAAACAUACGGAGAGGUUCUGCUUGCGCAAGGCUUCUGUGUUGGAAUCGGUGCGGGCUGCCUGUUUGUACCCUCCAAGCUUGGCAUGGCGUUGGGACUGGCAGUUUCUGGCUCCUCUCUUGGUGGUGUCAUCUACCCGAUCGUUCUAAAUCAGCUUAUUGGGCCUCUUGGCUUUGCCUGGUCUGUCCGUGUCAUUGGGUUUAUUGCUUUCGGCACACUCCUCGUCCCUAUUGCCGUCAUGAAGCAACGAGUCAAGCCUCCUCGUGCACGUGCACUUAUUGACUGGUCUGCUUUCCUCGAUCUUCCUUAUAUGACUUUUGUCUUCGCCUCACUCGUUGCCUUCAUGGGUCUCUUUGUUCUGCUCUUCUACAUUUCUUACUUUGGAGCUGCAAAACCUGUAACCGACACUCGCAUGGCUUUUUAUAUGGUCCCGAUUCUGAAUGCUGCCUCCUGUUUUGGUCGAACUAUUCCAAAUGCUAUGGCGGAUAAGAUGGGCCCUUUCAAUCUGAUAACGCCGUGCUGUAUAAUGAUCGGGGUACUUAUGCUCUGCUUAGUAGCCGUGACCACAGAAGGUGGCUUGAUCGUUAUCGCAUUACUCUCAGGGUUCUUCAGCGGUGCUCUGAUCGGCCUACCACCUUUGUGUUUUGUUGCGCUGACCAAAGAUAAAACGAGGAUUGGAACUCGGGUUGGCAUGGGCUUCGGCAUGAUCGGUCUCGGUGUCCUUGCUGGUGGUCCGGCCGGUGGCGCCAUUCUGUCUCUCUCCGACCAUACCGGCUGGACUGGCUUGUGGGUAUUUGGAGGUGUUACUGCUUUGGCUGCUGGUUUCAUGUAUCUUGGGCUACGCAUUGUUCUGUAUGGAUGCAAACUCAGGGUGAAGGCAUGA